CUUUUUAUAUAUUCUCUUUUUCAAACACAGGCCAAUCACCACACACGUGUGAAGUGAAGCCCUAUCAUGCUCUUCGCUCCGCUCAUGGCUCUUUCACUUCAUGCAUCAAAACCUAAUCCACAUUUCAGUUACAGUUGCUCCUCUUCUGGUAAUUCCUCCAAUUCCAAAGCUUCCAAACUCCCCCAUUUCCUUCCAUGGCAAAAGGUAAAGGUGGGACCUUUAAGCGUAUCGCCUAUGGGGUUUGGGACAUGGGCUUGGGGAAACAAGAUUCUUUGGGGAUAUGAGGAAUCCAUGGACACUCAGCUUCAGCACACUUUCAAUUUCAGUCUUGAAAAUGGGAUCAAUCUGUUUGAUACUGCCGAUUCCUAUGGAACCCUUGGGUUGAAUGGACGAAGUGAGAAGCUUCUAGGCAAGUUCAUCUGUGAAUUUCAAGGAAGUAAGAGGGUGCAAGAUGACAUUGUGAUUGCUACAAAGUUUGCAGCAUAUCCGUGGCGCCUGACCCCUGGACAGUUUGUGAAUGCUUGCAAGUGUUCUUUAAAGAGGUUGCAAAUUGAACAAAUUGGAAUUGGACAAUUGCACUGGUCUACUGCAAACUAUGCACCUCUACAAGAAAAAGCUCUCUGGGAUGGUUUAGUGGCAAUGUAUGAGAAGGGGUUAGUUCGUGCGGUUGGUGUAAGCAACUACGGACCAAAGCAGCUUCUGAAAAUACAUAAUUACCUUGAAGCGCGUGGAGUUCCCUUAUCGUCCGCUCAGUUCAAAACUAGGUACAAUUCUCAUUGCUGAGUAUGGGAAGUGAGCAGAUGGAAAUUAAAGAUAUAUGUGAUUCUUUGGGCAUACGCUUGAUUGCUUACAGUCCCCUUGGUCUUGGCAUGCUCACUGGAAAAUACAGCCCUUCCAAUCUUCCUAAAGGGCCUAGGGGCUUCCUGUUCAGUAACAUUCUACCUGGGCUGCAACCUUUGAUGAAGUCCUUAAAAGAUAUAGCUCGAAAAAGGGGCAAAACUGUACCUCAGGUUGCAAUUAACUGGUGUUUGUGCAAAGGCACGAUUCCCAUACCGGGAGUUAAGUCAGUGAAACAAGCUGAAGAAAAUGCAGGUGCCCUUGGGUGGCAACUAUAUGCGGAUGAGUUGACAGAAUUGGAACAUGGAGCUCUUCAAUCUCCGCGAAAGAUGGUUCAGAACAUCUUUCAAACCACCUAGUCAUUACUUUGUUCUCUCUUGUAAAAGCUGUGUAAAGGAGUAAAGACUGGCAGGGGCCAUUUCAUUUUAUAAGCAACGCUCUCAACCUUUUUUAUUGCCCAUAAGACAGAAAAAAAAAUCUAAAUGAUACUCCAAAUGUGAUUGUGUAAUUAGGUAAAAUGUAAAUUAAUGUUAGUAAGCAGGGGCCAUUUCAUUUUAUAAGCAACGCUCUCAACCUUUUUUACCGUCUGUGAAGAUAAAGCAAUUAUUUUAAGGUGAC